AUGCCACUCAGCCCGAACGAAAGUACAGGAUUCGCUGCCACCAUGGUGGAUGAACCUGAAUCCUACUUCCCGUCCAAGGACUACUGGCCGACAAGCAAACCGGCGCCCAAUUUGAAGGAAAAGCCAGAACCACUCCUCCCAACACCAGAAUCCUCCCACGGCGCUGCAUCUUACAACGCUACGCUGUGCAACAAUACGCUCCAGGAAGCCACCAUUUCGGAGCAACUCAGCUCGCAGUGCUCAUGUCCCGCCUCUGACCUCUGUAUUUGCGAAACGAUAGGACUCCUCCUCGGCUCCUCGAAGCUUCUCCAUGUAGCGGCGGAAUGGCAUCCAAGCGCGUUCGAGGGACUAUCGGCGUAUCUUGUGGAUGCGAAGACGACGCCUUCCUUCUUGAGUCUUUCUGCCGGUCUUUCGAAGCUUGAGGAUGUGCUGCAUAUGAUCUUGGCAGUAAUCUCACAGACGUCCGAUCAGAUCGCGGCGGCUCUAGUCUUGGCUCGAUGGCGAUUUCCGAAUGCGCCAUCGGAGUCUGACGAUGGUAUCUGUGCUACGAUCCGGAGGCGGCUGGAGGGGCUAGAUGUAGUGUCGGUUGAUAGCUUACCCCCCAUACAGCAUGAUGUGCAUAUGUUGCUUGCCUGGUAUGAUUUCUCGGGGGAGCAGUUUCAGGCGAAGUUGGAGGCGUUGAGGAAUCCAAACAUGUGUCUGCUGCUUGAGGCAAACAAGCAACUAGCACAAUACUCGGUCAAGGCCUCGAGCCAUGGUCGAGCAGAGAUGGUUCAAGAUUUGCGGUCUAAGGUUGAUGAGCUUGCUAAGCAGGUGAGGCUGAAGGACACUCGAAUUGCACGCUGA